AUGGCAGACCAGAGAGCCGCUGUAUCUCGCUGCAUCUCUGACAUUGAAGUGGCAGACUUAGUAGCCUUGGAUUUGGAGUUCUCCGGACUGUUCUUGGAUACUAAACUUCAGCGUUCGGCCUUGACUUUCGAGGACUACUUUGCAAAGUGUGCAGAGAGCGUGCCAAAGUUUCUAGCCCUUCAGCUUGGGCUCUGCUGUGUGCAGUUUCGGCGUGACACCGCUACGUGGGAGCUACGGACGCAUCAGUUCGACCUCUGGCCACAAGAGCAGCGUAUUUUCACAGUGGAUUUACAAUCCUUGCGCUUUCUACGUGCCCAUGGCUUCGAUUUCAACGUUUUUCUGGAAAAGGCAUGUCCGUACAAGAGGAUGAAGUUGGAUGCCAAGAGCUCAACUGGUUCGCCAACCGCAACGCACAUCUUGGCAGCACUGCGCAAGGCACAAGUGCCCUUGGUUGUCCACAAUGGCCUGUUUGAUUUGCUUCACUUGUAUGACAAGUUCAUUGCUGACGUACCACAGGACAUCCAGGACUUUGGGAAGGCCUGGCUGGAGCAAUUCCCCUUGACUUUUGACACUCGCUUCGUGGCACAAGAAGGGCGCCUACAAGUUUUCAAACAUUUAGGCGGUUUGACCCUGGACGCCCUUCGUUCCCAGCUCCGAGGCCAAAGCAAUCUGAAAGUCCAAAGGUGUGAUGAGUCUACCGCACCUGGGUCGACGCACUCAGGGGGCUACGAUGCUACAGUCACAGCAGAAGUUUUUCUCCUGGAGCUGGAUAUUUGGAUCCGCUUCCAACAGCGCAAGAAACAGGAAAGACAGGAGAAACAAGCUGCAGCAGAAAAUCCGCAGAAUGCAGAGAAUGCGAAGACUCUGGAAGAUGGAGAGAAUGCGACACAGAAGGCAAAAAAUGUAGAGAAAGCAGAGAAUGAAGGCAAUGAAGUGGUGAGUCAGGAAUCUGGGGGAGAAAAUGGCCAGAAGGAAGCAAAGCAAAACUCAGGAGAGACCCAGGAAAACCAUAGCAUCGAGGAGGAAGAGGGGUGGAGUGUUGUCGGCCAGCGCGGGCGCAAAAGAAAGCGGGGUGCAGAGGAAACGCCUGAAGAGAAGGGCCUGACGUGUCCAAGCCUCUUGGAGAGCCACAAGAUUUGUCGCAGGUUCCACAACAAGAUUGCCCUUGAGUUUGUGAAGAAGGAAGUCCAAGCCAUUAACAGUGAGCACCAAAAAAAUGUCCAAAGCAACCUUCGGCGCAUCUUCGAGCUUUUGGAGGAGCAGGCCAACCCUGAGAGUGUGGCUGGCAGAUUUGCCACUGGAAAUAUGGAGACUCUUUACGACAUACCGAGUCGAAAUGGCACCUCGCCGGUGGAUGCAUUGAAGGUUUACUUUAAGAAUCGCUACUGCCCCGAACAGAUGCGCCUGGUGACAUUUGGCCCUCAGAAGCUUGCAGAGCAGUUGGAGCUCGUGUCAAAGGCGGGCUUCCAAAAUCUGCCGAAAGGAGUCAAAGCUUGUGCUGAAAGCAAACGAAGCUUCGAAGAGCCAAAUCCGUUUCCGGCCUCGCGAAUGGGCAAGAGCCUCUUGGUGAAGGGCACAGAAGCCAUUGGCUCCCUGUGGCUGCAUUUCCAGAUGCCACCUCUCAACAGGGAGUACAAAGCACAGCCGCUCUCGUAUUUGAACUAUGUCGUGAACUACGGUGGUGUGAACUCUUUGAAGCAAGUGCUGAGCGACAAGCUUGGCCUGAUUGCCGAUGUAGGGAUGGAGGAGCAGACAGACUCUACCGGUACCAUGUGCAUGGUGGUUUUUGAGACUACAAAACUUGGCUUCAAGCACCCGCAGGUGAUCUUGGAUGUUUUCUUUGCCUAUCUCGCUGCAAUGCGAGCAGCCGGAGUUGACAUGGAGCUUUACAAGAGCAUUCAGGACAUGGUGAAGUUGAAGUGGGACUGGAAGCAGCAAGAUGAUGCCUUUGAGACCGUAUCCAACUUGGCAGAGGCUUGUGGAGCUGAGAGAACGUAG